AUGAUCGGUAGAUAUUGGGACUGCUGUAAGCCGUCGUGCGCGUGGACUGGCAAAGCAGCUGUCAACCAGCCUGUCUUCACAUGCGACAAGAAUGACAACCCCCUGUCUAACUUCACCGCCAAGUCCGGCUGCGAAAGCGGAGGGUCGGCCUACACUUGCACCAGCCAGGAGCCAUGGGCCGCCAACGACUUGGUUUCCUACGGCUUUGCAGCCACGGCCAUCAGUGGAGGUACUGAGAGUAGUUGGUGCUGCGCGUGCUAUGCGCUCACCUUCACUUCCGGCAAGGCCAAGGGUAAGAUAAUGUUGGUGCAGUCUGUGAACACCGGCGGAGAUCUUGCAGGCAACCAGUUCGAUCUCCAAAUCCCGGGCGGCGGAACCGGCAUCUUUGACGGCUGCAGCUCGCAGUUCGGCGGCAUUGCUGGCAACCAGUAUGGAGGGAUCUCGGCCCGGUCGGAAUGCGACACAAUGCCGGCGAAGCUCCGGCCGGGAUGCCAAUGGCGGUUCGACUGGUUCAGAAACUCGGACAAUCCUGCCUUCACCUUUACCCAGAUCAAGUGCCCGGCGGAGCUCACGAGCAAGACCGGCUGCGUCAGAUCGGAUGAUUCCAGCUUCCCAGAGUUCAAAAUGCCUGCGAAUCCCACUUGGUCGGCGCCGGCCCCAACCGUAACUGCCGCCGCCUACGACCAGUGUGACAGCUUGACUUGGGAUGUGGCCAAGGCGGUAUGA